GGCGAGCUGGCGGGCUGCGGCCCUCUUCAGUUGCUCUGUGUUCCUGUCUACUCUUGUUCUCAAGUGCUGUGGUGUUUGCACGUUGGCAAAGCAAUGACUGCAUUCUUGCUUGUGCGUUUUCUUCUGCGACUAGCUGCUCGGCAUGGAUCGCGAGGGGAAGCCAACCAAAUGACGUACUAGUGCUGGUUCCCGGAGCAUGGAGCAGUCUCCGAAAAAACCGAAGGGGACACCGACGGCUGGCGUGGAGGCUGGCGACACACCAGGGUCUAAGGGCCACCGAACCCCGCUGCAGCGGGGUGCGCCUUCUACGGAAACUCCUUCCGCCCAUGUACGAGGUUCGGGACCGGAUUCGGCUGUGUUGAUGAGUGGUGGGGCUGCAGGUCGAGAAGAGGAGGCUACUGGUCGGCAGGGGAAAUCUGCGAUGGACGUGCCCAGGCGUAAAAGGUCUGGUGACACGUCCGUUGCAGGUGUGGGAGACGAGGUGCCUGUCGUCGACCACCAAGACAAGUGUUGGAUGUCGGAUUGGGUGGGUGGAAUUGGGGAACGCUCGGGUGGGCUGGUUUUGUACGUGGUGAUAAAAGAUAACAUUGUUCCGAUUGGCGGUGUGGUUAAGUGGAGUGGAGAAAAAUCGUCGUCGGCCAUGUUGGAGUUGACGAUGGUCCUUAACGCUAGAGGUGAGCGGGUGGCGGGUGUCAAACGCGUUGCUCUUCGUUGGGCCAAAUACGCUGGGUACGGCAAGAGGCUUUAUGACAUUUUCAAUCCGCCCGGGAUGGAAAAAUUGACGUUGGCGGACCUUCGAUCGGUUCUCGCAUUCUUCGACAGACAUGUGGUCGUAGGGCAUGAGUCGGUGGUGCAUUCUUCCGACCGCAUAUCUGAACCGAAAAAUGUGCUUUCGUCGUCUUUGGAGGCGGCUCCGUCGUCGAAACUGAUCAUUAUAGGUGUCCGUCCUCCGCCAUCACUUCGGACUACGGUUGCUGCAACACGAGUUUCGAAAUCUGGGCAGAUCGGGGAGAAAGGUCCGUGUCGCGGCCAAAUCGUGCCGUCAGCCCCUGUGAAGCGUAGACCAACAUCAACCAAGGAACCCGUUUCCUUGGUCCGCCCGUCGCGCUAUGAGUUGGCCAUUCCUGCUGGGCCACAAUAUUUUGGAGAUGACGACGAGGAGAACAGCGCAGAAGAAUGGGAGCGGGAUGAAGAACGCGAAGAAUAUGAGGAGGGUGGCGAAGAAGAGGAAGUAGAGAGUGAAGAACACAAUCAGCGAGAGGGGUGGGCCGGGCGAGUUGGAGGGUCGUCUAGGGGUUGAGUAUGAGGACGAAGGGCAAGAAGAGGAAACGACCGGCGAGGGAGGGUAUGCAGAUGUGCAUCGGGGUUCCAAACGAACG